AUGAACCACUAUUUACUAACUAAUUACACAAAUUGCCCUCUAGACUCGUCAUAUUUCUCUUCAUCAUUAUAUGUUAGCACUGGUGUUCACUCGGUCACAGCCCUUUCUAUUCCAUUAUCAAUUUACGGAAGUUAUUGUGCCAUUAAGCUUACACCAAAAAACUUGGUAAUGCUAAAUGGGCUUUAUUAAACGUUCACGCUUGGACUGUAGUCUUAGAUAUUGUAUACAACGUUCGCCUUGCCCUUUUUGUUUUUCCCUUCCAUUUUUGUACUCAUGCUCGGAUGGGGACAAUAUAUUGGUAUCCCAUCAUGGUUUCUCCUUUGGGCAAUUCAAGCACUUGUAUCUGUAUUUUCGUCCGCUGCUAUUGCAUUCUUUGAGAAUCGACAAAAUGCAUUGCAAACAAAUGGAAGAUUAGGAGACAAUGGGUUCGAGUUCUACUUAACGUAAUCAACUAUUCAGUCGCAUGUGGUGCGAUUUUGCCUCCAUAUUUUGAAACAUUUGAUAUGCAAGAAAUGGCUCUGGAGGCUUUGAAGGUAGUUCCUUGUCCAGUCAAAGAAUUCUUCGAUCCACGCUUGCAACUUGUCACUAACAAACCUUUACUAAUGACGUCCCUAAUGGGUCUUCAAUGUAUUGUUCUAUUUCCCCAGGGAGGUUUCUACUUGUUCAAUACAUGGUAUCAUCUUGUUUAUUCCUAUAGUUCACAAGUAUCUGCACAAACCCGAAAAUUACAACUGAAGUUCCUUUUAUGCUCCCUAUUGCAAAUUACUGUUCCACUUAUGGUAUUUAUGAAUCCAAUUCUUUACAUUUGGUUCUCCAUUAAUAUUGGAUAUUAUAAUCAAGAAGCUAAUAAUCAUCUAUCUGUUGCUGUAUCUUUUCACGGAUUACUGGGUUCCAGUUGUAUGCUUCUUGUUCACAAGUCUUAUAGAAAUCAUUUUGUUAAAAUGAUAACACUCGGAAAAGUUGAUUGGGAAAAACCAUCAAUAGCAUCAAUUGUUGUAUCUUCGAUUAGAUCCAUUAGUCAUGUUACUCGUCAACAUAAUUGAAA